AUGCAAAUUUUCGUCAAAACUUUAACUGGUAAGACUAUAACACUGGAAGUCGAAUCUUCGGAUACUAUUGAUAAUGUCAAGUCCAAGAUUCAGGACAAGGAAGGUAUUCCUCCAGAUCAGCAGAGAUUGAUCUUCGCCGGUAAACAGCUAGAAGAUGGUAGAACACUAUCUGACUACAAUAUUCAGAAAGAGUCUACAUUACAUCUGGUAUUGAGGCUAAGAGGUGGUAUGCAAAUUUUCGUCAAAACUUUAACCGGUAAGACCAUAACCCUGGAGGUUGAAUCUUCGGAUACUAUUGAUAAUGUCAAGUCCAAGAUUCAGGAUAAAGAAGGUAUUCCUCCAGACCAGCAGAGAUUGAUCUUCGCCGGUAAACAGCUAGAAGACGGUAGAACACUAUCUGACUACAAUAUUCAGAAAGAGUCUACAUUACAUCUGGUAUUGAGGCUAAGAGGUGGUAUGCAAAUUUUCGUCAAAACUUUAACCGGUAAGACCAUAACCCUGGAGGUUGAAUCUUCGGAUACUAUUGAUAAUGUCAAGUCCAAGAUUCAGGAUAAAGAAGGUAUUCCUCCAGACCAGCAGAGAUUGAUCUUCGCCGGUAAACAGCUAGAAGACGGUAGAACACUAUCUGACUACAAUAUUCAGAAAGAGUCUACAUUACAUCUGGUAUUGAGGUUAAGAGGGGGGUGA